AUGGUAUGGGGCACUGCCAUGGCGGACCGUUUAUUUCCUCUAAAUCCUUAUUGGUCACCGCACAUGGCGACAUGUGCAGCCCUCUGGAAGGAGGAUGAACUCUUGGCCUCCAGCCAAGAGACGGUUGAUGGCAAAGCUUUGGGCCACAGCACGCCAUCAACCUUAAAUCAAGCAUCCACAUCCGCUGAUGCCAAGGGGCAAAAGCGUCAAAACGUUAAAAGAGGCCCGUCCAGGUAUAAGCUUUACCAGAGGUUUGUGACUAUUCUCGGUAGAAUAAACAAAAAUGAGGCUGAAGGGAAAACUCAUUCGAAGGACGCGGUCGAUAAGGCAAGGUGCCAAAAGGAGGUCGAUGAGUACCUGGCGUUCCAGACCACCCAGAAGGCAGAAGCCGUGAAACGAAAUCGUUCGCAAGACGAAAGCGACAAACCUACGAAGAAGCACAAAGUGUCGGUUCACACCGCUUCAAGACCAAAACCAACCAAACGCACAUUUAAUGAGGUGGCACGGGAUCACCUGCAAAUAGCGUUGGUUCAUGAAAUAACUAACCGCGGUAAACCUGCAUCGGAUAAGUGGUCCGAAAUCGAGGCAUGGCUAUCCCGCAUUGUCGUCGAUGACAUCAUGGCAAACCCGGAGCGUCAUGUACCAGGAUUUGAUUCAAUGAAGGUGAUCCGCGGAUACAGGGUGAUCAAGUGCGAUGAUCAACUCUCCCUUAACUUCCUGAAAACAGUUGUGGGCAAGAUCCAGAGCGACUGGGAAGGUUUGAGGCUCAAACUAGUCCCGGCCCGCGAAAUCCCUCGACGGCCGAAGGCUCGCAUCUGGAUACCGAACAUGGAGUUCGAAGCUAAGCAACUAAUUCCAUACUUGCAGGCACACAACCACACUGUUCCGAUAGAUGACUGGACCAUCAUCAAAGCGGAGGCUUCGCAAAAGAACAGUGUGUCCUUCCAUCUCCGAAUAUCGGAGGGAAGCAUCGAGCCACUGGAAAAAGUGGACAAUAAACUUCGGUUCGGCGUCAGGAAAACGCAACUGAAGAUAUUCCGAUCUGCAAAUCCGGAGGAUGAACAGGACGAGGUUGACGGCGUCAACGAGUUGCUCACGGGCUUGCAACUUGACGACGCCGGAUCUGCCUAA